AUGGCUUCGGCGGUAACAAAAGCCGCACUCUCCGCGCCGCUGAGACGGGCUCUCGUCCAGUCCCAGUCGCGCGGCUUCCAGACCACCACAAAGAGCCUGCUUCCAUCAGCAUUCGGCUCCAGCUCCAGUAUCCCGCCCUCCUACUUCCAGAGGUCGUCCCUCCCCGCCAACACCGUCAUCCGCUUCGUUCCGCAACAGACGGCAUGGAUCGUUGAGCGCAUGGGAAAGUUCAACCGCAUCCUCGAACCCGGUCUGGCUAUCCUCGUCCCCUUUAUCGACCGCAUCUCCUACGUCAAGUCACUCAAGGAAAAUGCACUCGAGAUCCCCAGUCAAAGCGCCAUUACCGCCGACAACGUCACCCUCGAACUCGAUGGCGUCCUCUACACCCGCGUCUUUGACGCCUACAAGGCCAGCUACGGAGUCGAAGAUGCCGAAUACGCCAUCUCCCAGCUGGCGCAAACCACGAUGCGAUCCGAAAUCGGCCAGCUGACCCUUGACCACGUCCUCAAGGAGCGCGCCGCCCUCAACACAAACAUCACCGCCGCCAUCAACGAGGCCGCCCAGGCCUGGGGCGUCACCUGCCUCCGUUACGAGAUCCGAGACAUCCACGCCCCCGCCGGCGUCGUCGAAGCCAUGCAUCGCCAGGUCACCGCCGAGCGCUCGAAGCGCGCCGAGAUCCUCGACUCUGAGGGUCAGAGGCAGUCGGCCAUCAACAUCGCCGAGGGUAAGAAGCAGAGCGUCAUUCUGGCGUCCGAGGCCUUGCGCGCCGAGCAGAUCAACAGGGCGUCUGGUGAGGCCGAGGCCAUCCUCAUGAAGGCCAAGGCUACCGCCGCUGGUAUCGAGGCCGUCUCCAAGAGCAUUGCCGAUGGCGAGGAUGCGGCACAGGGCGCCAUCAGCUUGUCCGUUGCCGAGAAGUACGUUGACGCGUUUGGCAAGCUGGCCAAGGAGAGCACGGCUGUCGUAGUCCCCGGAAACGUGGGAGACAUCUCGAGCAUGAUUGCCACCGGCCUGAGCGUGUACGGCAAGGUUGGACAGGCACAGGCCAGGACGAUGGCGAAGCAGCUGGUCGGCAACGAGUCGGCGGAGGAGUCUGGCGAGGGAGCGUCCGGGGAACCCAAGCAGCUGAAGGAUUCGGUGCUUGAGAGCUUCGACCAGGCGGCGGGACAGAAAUGA